CGGAGGCGGGGGGGGCGCUGCGUGGUGAGCGGUGCGCAUGUGCGGCGCGGAAGUUUGAACUGCGGGCGGUUGGAGUGAGGAAACUUGCUCUUCAACACUUGAUCUGUCUGCUUCCCCCUUUGCAAUGAAGGACCAGAACCCAUGUGACAAAUGAGUGGAAUUCUCCCAUCUCAACUGAAAGUCUGAGAAGAUGCAACGAAGGCAGAGUUCUAAGCACUCCAAGCGACCUCUGCAAGUUCACCACAGCAAUCAGACUGAUCUCUCUGCUUGGAGGAAAGGAGAGACAGUUGAUACUGGAAAAAGUGCCCAGAGUCAUCGAUCUCUGAGUGAUCAGAAAAAUGACAAUGAGCAGGACUCCCUUGAGCAAGCUCUGAGCUACUUUGAGAAAAUUCAAGAUCGAGUUUCACUGAAAAAGAGUGAAGUUCUGCAGAAACACUUGUCUACUCUGGAAAGCAUUGCCCUGAAAAGAGGUUUACCCCCUGAAGGAUUUGAUGUAUUGCUAGAUGUGGCACUCAGUGGCAAACUUGCUGAUGGAGUGAACACUCGUUUACUGAAGAGCCUGAUCCCAGCCUCAGCAAUACCAGAAAGUUCUGUUGUUUCUUCUGUAUCUUGGUUCUGUGUCAGCAAAUGCUCAAGCAACAUCCAGCUGCUUUUUCUAAGAUGGCUGAUCACGAUGUUUGACUUCAUUGAUCAGAAGGAACAAGUUCAUGCCCUCUAUGGCAUCUUCUUUUUCUUCCUGAAUGAUGAGAAGUUGUGUCCCUACAUCUGCCAUGUGCUCUACCUGCUGACCAGGAAAGAAAAUGUCAAGCCUUUUCGGGUCAGGCGACUCCUUGAUCUCCAAUCAAAAAUGGGUAUGCAACCUCAUCUGCAGGCUCUGCUAUCACUUUAUAAGCUUUUCUGUCCUGAGCUGGUAUCCAUAACCCUUCCUCAGAAAAUGAAGGCUUAUUUCAAGAAUGCAGACGGCCCUUGGAAAGCAGCAAUCAGCGCUGUAAGGCAAAGAAACCAGGCCAAUUCUACAGUGCCCCAACCAUUGCUUCUAGGCACAGCUCAACCUCACUCACGAAAAAGAAAAUGGAAUACCCAGUUGAUUGUACCUGCAAGCAGUGCCAACGCACAGAAUUUAGUGGUGGGUGGGAAAAUGAGCCGUGUUGAUUCAUUCAGUGCUAACAGAUCUUUUCCAGUGGAGCAGCUGCGGACCUUUCCCCAACUCCUACAAAAUAUCCACCGCCUGGAGUUUCCUUCCCAGAUGGGCUCAGUGCUAACAAACCCGUUAUUGCUUCACUACAUGAACUGCAGCAAAGAUGAAUCUGCUUAUCUGAGGCUCUACUAUUGGAUGGGACAGACUCUUCAGGAAGAGUGCACCUGGUGUGUAGUUGAUAAUAACCAACAUGAAGAAGAAUUCAAAGGCUUCCUGGAAACCGCCUACAAGGCAGAGUGUUUCUUACAAGAGGGAUUUCCUUCCUGUGAGGAGUUCCUAUACAGGAGUCUUCCUCUCUGGGAUGGUGUUUCCUGCCGAUCACAAAUCCUCCAACUCAUCAGUUGGAUCCCCCUCAGUACCUUCUCUGAAAUGAAAUCACAACUCUGCGAUCCCCUGGCACAGCUCUUCUUCACAUCAUCCCUUUACUUUAAGUGCAGUGUUCUGGAGAGUCUGAAAGAGUUGCUACAGAACUGGUUAAACUGGCACGUGGUUCAGCUGGAUUCAGAGUCUGAUUCUCAACUCAGUUCUCUGAAUACCACCCUUUCUGGACUAGUGAGUGGGGUGGCUGAACUCAUCAACUUUGUGGGACGGAUUUCUACUGCUGCAUUGCACUUGGAGAAGAGUCAUACCUUCUUACUGCACUUCAUCCUGGACUUCUAUGAGACCGUGUGUGACAUAUAUCUGAAGUACAAACUGCCGUUGCUGAUAAUGCCUCCUGCUGGAGUUUUCUACCCAGCACUGCUCAGCAUGGAUUCUGUCAACUUAAAUCAGCUCUGCUACAUCAUGUACAGGUAUAGAACCAACUUGAUAGCUGCAAAAGAGAAUGAGAUGAGUAAAAAGAAAAUACAGCAAUUCAAGUUCAGUAGCCAGACAUAUCAAGAGUAUAACCAGUACAUCAUAGCCAUGGUGGGUUGUCUGUGGACAUCCAGUGCAUUCCAGAAGGAUAAUCAUCCUCAAGGCAUUUGUCUGGAUGAUGAAUUGCUGAAGAAAACUGGAGUGGAGGAAUACAAAAACAGCUUCAAUAUUGUCUACCACCCAGCUCUGAUGUGCUAUGCUGUUGACUUCCUGCAGCAGGCCUGGCCAGAUGAUACCACCUUCAACUUCAAUCUAAUUAAGGGGAAGAAGUGGAACUGGUAUCUGAGAUAUCUCUAUGGGCAAGGUUUAGAGGGCCUGAAGCUCUUCAUUGAAAGCAGCAUCAAUCGUGUUUCCAAGGCCUCUCAGAGUAAAGAGGAUAAGAAAGUGUGACUCUAGGACUUGUUGGAGCCUUUUUGUCAUCUGGAGUAGGGAAACAGAACAUUAGCAGACUGUGUCAGUAAUUCUUGCUUCCUCAGAGGAAAGAAACAGAGCAAUUAUGCUUGCCUUCAUUUUCGUGCUGGCAUCUGUGUUAGGAAAGCAAAAAUAGAGAAGGAACAUUUAGGCUGUUUUGGUUCACCAGCUCUGAACCCCCUUAUUUCCUGCUGAACUUCUUUUGCCUGAGGCUGCUGAGCUGCUGUGAUAUGUAACAUCCCUGUUUUUCAUCUUCAUUUUUCUUUGUUGGAAUAUCUGAAGGGAAAAAACACUUUCCAUCUCAAAGCUGCAGCGAGAAGUGCUGCCUCAUUUAGAAGAUAUUGAUAUGACCCUCCUCUUUCUUCCCUGACAACUUGCACAGUACCCUGGACAACUGAUUUUAUGCUGGACUGGAGGACUGCAUGUUUCCCAGCUCCCUGCUGUGCCAUGUACAUGCUGUGUCAUAACAGGAUGGCCAGACUGACCCUCCUGAACUUCACUUCUGUUAUGAGUCUUCCAGAAGAGACUUUGUGAUACCUUUGCUUGUAAUGUUCUUGUAAUGCACUUGAAGAACUUUGUGCACCACUGGUUUACUGGUGACCUUCAACAGCUGAACAGAAUUGCCACUGGCUCACCAUUUCCUAUUGAUAAGCUUUCCUUCUUGUGUUUUUAGUUCUAUAAUGUUGUAUAUUAAAUGUGUACAUAUAUAUAUAUUCUGUAAAAAUACUUCAGAAAUGCCAUUUUGAAGGAUCUCUGAUUUAAAAAAAAAAAGCGUCCUCUCGUAUUCUAUUUUAACACUAAGUAGAAGUCAGAUGAACUGAGGUCUCCAAUUAUCUCACCACUAAUGUGGUUGUAAAUGCUCAGAAGGUGAGUGACAGAGACUUCCUUUCUGUUGGGGAAGAUGCCUGUGUUCUGAAAGGUGUCUGAUGUAUGUAAAUGUUUUUAAAGAUGCUAGUAGCAAAAUGCUAUGUGAGCUACUGAACAUUGCAUAGUUGUUCAUCCUUGAUCCAUUUUUUUCUUAACCUUUGUAGGUGUUUUAUUCAGAAAUAACAGGAUUGUGCUAUGGAAGGCAGUUGUGGCACCACCAGUCCUAUUUUGUGCUGAGAACAAACUGGGUACAGUUCUGUUAUUCAGGUGCAUGGGAUGGACUUUUGUAGGUCAUUCUUUCACAUCUGGACACUUCUCUUCCAGAUAAGACUUUUUCUCUACUACCUCUCCACUUACAUGGAAGAAUGGGCCCAUUAGAAAAGUUGCUGCUCUCUUUUUUCCUGCUCUUACUGUCCAACAUGGUAAAUUUUGUAGACAACUUACUAUUACAAGCAUAUGCUCAAAAGUUUGUCUGACCACAGCAUCUGCUUGAGGACUAAAAUUAAGGUAGUCGAGCUCUGUCAAUUUCUUCAUAAGUUAGGAAAGAAAUCAAUGAUUUGUCUCUAGUGCCCUUCUCUGCCAGUUGUAGUACUUCUGCCUUGUGUGUGCUCUAGGACAAUAUAAUAGAAACUGUCAUAUUUAUUGAUGGGAAGAAUGAGGGAUGAAUAGUUCUUUCAGUCUUUUCUUCUUUACCUUUCUAAUAGCCAGGUGAGGUGCUCCCAAAACACCAGCUGAGCAGCUGGUUCCCAAACCCAAGCCCUCAAUUCCUUAAGGCACAGUGACCUGGGCAUUACACAUCCAGAUGUGAAUGGCUCAGGCUCAAGUUAAGCUGAAUUCCUUUUGUGAAGCCACGUUUGCUUUGUGUUUAUAUUACUCAUCUCCCUACAAAACCUUGAUUAUGUAUACAUCCUUUUACAUUGGGCAGUGUUGCUCUUGCAUAGAGUCAGCUUGCUCUGAAGGAGUUAACAAUUUCAACCUGUUUUCAGCUGGAAUGAGGAAACUGAUUCCUCUGUGUCCCUGCUUUCUAUUCUCUUGCUGGCCUACUUCCCUCUGCUUGCAUUUUGCAUUCCUAAUGCCAUGAAUAAAUCAGGACCCAAGGAUUUAGAAGGUGGUACAGCUGUAGCCACUCAAAAUCGAACCUCUGAGGCUUACACUGCAGCUCCAACAACUGCCAGCAUGUAUGUUCUGAGCCCUUUAAUAACAUUUAACUGUACCAAAAAUAAAACUCACCUCUGUGCUGUUUUCCACUAAUGUUUACACACUGGUACCUCUAUCCCAUGUCUCCUCACUUUGCUUCCUUUGCCUUUGAGUUGAAGCUCAGCUAUAAGCCCUUCAGGCAAAGCAGUCACCUCCUGAUCACUGUGGUUUAUCACCAGUUUUUGCAGCGAGGAGAAGAGGAAUAAGGGAAACUGAGGACUGUGACCCUGCUGAGAGUUCAUCUUCAACUGUGUUAAAGGUUCUGUAGAGAGCUCCUCUCCCUGGCUGUGGUCCUAGAUCCUCUGAUAGCUUGUAAUUAAUAAUGCAUGCUGACCUGAUUUUCUUUGUAGCUCUGUGGCUCCUGGGGGAGAGUGUGUGAGGAGCUCCUUGUGGGCUCUUCAGGUGGAGGAUGCUUCAGCCUGGGAGAACAACAGGUUUUGGAAACAAGCUUGCUCUGGAGGAUGAGUAUCUUGAAAGAACCAAGUCUCCAAAUAUCGACUUCUAGGAAAGACGUCCCUCAUCAUGGCUCUGAUCUUCAGAAUAACAGUUACAACUUGUUCUGAUGUGUUUAUUGAGGAGGUCAUUAAGGUCAGGUGGCAUUAGGCUCUGGAGCCCUGAGAUCUGCACCCAGCUAUCAGAGCUGUGCCAUAACUCCCAGCUAACUGUGAUGGUUGGGGCAGGCACUGAAGUACCUGAGCAGUACUGGUGGUUUCAGUGAAGUGCUGAUUUGUGAUGCUGCCUUAUUUCUGUUCUUGGUUUUGUGUUCUAUAUGAGCAAAAGAUUCCCACAGCAAAGGUAUUUUUUUAAUGCCUUGAUAAAUUUGCUGCCAGUUUGCUCGCCU